GGCCUGAGUGAUAGAACGGCUGUAGUGGAGUUAGCACGUUACUACCGGGGCAGGAACCUCCACUAUUAGCCCCGCCCCCUCGAUAACUCAUCAGCAGGGCUAGUGUGGGGGGAGCUUGGAGUCUCUCAGCCUGUGUUUCUUCGGUGUUGCUCGGUCCCGCUGAAUGCUUAUGCUUGGGGACCAUGUUAGGGCACCAGCAGCACUUGCACUAUUCCCCAGGGGGCUCGGUGGCGGCGGCGGCUGAGGACAGCCAAGUGGUGAGCUAUGUGGAGGAGUACCUGGAGUGCGUGGACUCUUUGCCGCUGGAAAUCCAGAGGAGCGUCACUCUGUUGCGGGAGAUCGAUAGCCAGUACCGGGAAGCUCUGAAAGAAGUUGAUGAUGUCUUUGAAAAGCAUUCAAAUGAAACUGACGCCAGUCAUAAAAAGCGCCUCUUGCAACAGCUUCAGAGAGCCCUCAUUAUGACCCAGGAGCUUGGCGAUGAUAAAAUACAGCUGGUUACACAAGUGUUUGAGUUAAUAGAGAACAGGACAAAGCAAAUGGAAUCCCUUUGCAAGGGCUUCUUUGAUCAAGAAGAGAGUGAAAAGUUUGUGGAAAAAAACAAAGCUGAUUCAACUGCAUGUGAACGGUCUACUCGUAGGCCUCGCAGGCAUCGCAAUAGCGAGAGCCGGGAUUUAUGUCACAUGGUCAACGGAAUGGAUGACCUUGAAGAGCAGCCGCCAAAAGAAAAGAAAUCAAAAUCGUCCAAAAAGAAAAAACGUUCCAAAGCCAAGCAAGAAAGGGAGGUAUCCCCUAUACCUUUUGCAAUUGACCCCAAUGAGCCAACGUACUGUUUGUGCAAUCAGGUGUCUUUUGGUGAGAUGAUAGGCUGUGAUAAUGACGAGUGCACCAUAGAGUGGUUCCAUUUCUCUUGUGUUGGACUUACCUACAAACCAAAGGGCAAAUGGUUUUGUCCUGACUGCAGAGGAGACAAUGAAAAGACUAUGAACAAAAACACAGAUAAAACAAAAAAGGACAGACGGUCGAGGUAGUUUGCGGAAGUCUUGUGGUUUUUUUCCCCCUCCUUUUUGUUUUCUUAUAAAGAAAAUGUUUUAGAUACAAUGUGAUAUUUUAAUAGUACUGAAAUAUUAAAACCUUUCUGUUUGUGACUUUAUUGAUUUGGAGACAACGUUUGUACUUUAAACAAUGGAAAAUCCACACAGGUCCACAUAACCACCUUUACAAACAGAUUCUGUAUCAUUAUGUAGUAGUUUAAUGUGUAGAAAUAGUCUCAUUUUUAUCCACUCAGGUUCUUUAAUGCAUUUCCCACAUGGUAUGCAGGCAUCUUGCAUACCCAGACAUGUUCUUUCUCUGAUGUGUAUUAAAAUGUAUAUAUGAAAUCCAUA